GCGCACCGCGUCUUGGAUCUCGUUUCCUUGCAUUCUACUGCAAAACAGCGAGUCCGUUCCUGUCGCGCGAGCCUCCCGAUUUCGGUCACUACCCCUUAUACGGAGAUACAUAUCACUCUAUUCCAUUGGGAACACCAGCUUGUCGUGAUCAGACACAGUGACAGACACUGAUAUUUGUCCACAACAAAUAUCCAAUAUUGUUAUUAUUGGCAAAUUCGACGACCUACACUAAUUUUCCACCGGUCAUGGACUCCUCUGAGCCUCUUCGAGGGUUCAUUAAUUCGAAGACCGAAGAUGUCAAUUCUACCGGGAAACCUCUCCGUUUAUCUAUGUCAAGUUAUUCACCCAGUCUUCCAGAACUCACGUCUAGUUCUGAAUCCUCCGAAGACCCAAAUGCACAUCUCGAAUAUAUUCAUGCAUUCCCCAAGUCCUCCAUGGACUGCUCUGAAUGCGAAUCCGAUUCAACACCGAAAUCAACCGAUGCGAAUUCUUUCGGACCUUUGGGGCCUAACCCCUCAUAUAUAUCCCCGACCACUCCACUUGAUACCCAAGACGAUACCCAGGACAUUCCUCUUGUUUCGAUGAAGCUUCUUCGUGAGCUACCCCCACUGGUCAAAUCUGAGCGUAGCGAAUAUAACGAGUCGACCUCUGAAGCUCGAGACUACUCCUCAUCUGUAAUGUUGCGUUUUCGUGGUUCGUCUUGGAACUGUGCGUCCGUUUUCUGUGACACGGGCUAUUCCGAGGUUCCAACUCUGAAAGACCUUGGGGUGGAGCCGGCCGUUCAGACUACUUCAGAGGACACUACGUGUUUUCCCUUGGACCUAGGCCGAACUUCUGUACAUGAUGCAUGCGGACCUGUGGACCUUGCCCCGCUCAGGCCUGCCAUGUCAAGCUAUGAUAGUUCGAGUAGCAAUUGUGCCAGCUCUUCCUGGACAGCCGACGCCGACAUCUUCGGCAGCGGUUCUUCUCAAGGUUGCAACUCAGGUUUCAGCACUCCAUCCCAGGACACGAUUGAAAGCUCUCCUCUGCCUCACGAGCCGAAAAUAUCUUCACUAGCAGGGGCAUCCCAUAAGCCCAAUAUUGUCGUCUCAAACUCUGAAAUGUCGAGCUCUCCGAACCUCUCUGAUAUCGGUAAUUCUGUUACGCCUGCCUUGAAGCAUGAAGAGCCACCAGUGGAGCCUCCGCGGAAACGGUCGCGACGUGACAAGACAUCCUGUACCCCGAACAACACCUCAACCAGGCGUUCCCAGCGUCACAAAGAACAAUAUUAUCCUCUUGGUCCGCGUCACCUUGAGUACGACUACGAUCAAGCAGUGAAAGAGCUGAAUGCUGCUACUGUCCGAGCUGUCUAUGCAAUGGGCUUCCAACCACGCAAGCGAACUUCUAUGCGUGGACCGUCAACUAGAAGUAGGACGACUUCGAUUUCCGAGUCACCGGCAGAUACGCCCAGUGUAGCUGACAUUCUGGCGAAGAAGUUCCCAGAUGUAGAAUGGGCUAGACGAAUGGUGGACGCUGCGGAUUGCAAGCUGCAAGAGGCGCUCGCUCGUGGAGAAACUUGGGAGAACACAGCUGUGUCUGUCAGUACGGUCUCCAUAUCUGUGGACUUGCCUACCCGUUUACCGCGCUUCCCGCCCUUUGACUCGGACCCAUCCGUUUGUCCGCAGUCAAGUGCGUCUUCAUCUUCCUCAACUCGUUCUGGACGAUGCUGUACAGCGGCGACCUCAAUGCAACCUACUGUUGCAUCUACGGUGGAAUUGGAUAAUGCUUCAAGGAAGACCCGAACUCGUAAACGUCGCCGCGAGGAUUAAACUUGUCACCUGCUUUUUAUGCAUAUAAGAAGGUGCCGCAUAACACCUUCAUUCUACGAUCGUCAACCCGCAUUCUCAUGUUUUUUUCAUCGCCAUCUUCACAUGCUACUAUCCUACGAUUACCUUCCCCUGCACUAUUCAUUCGCAUCAUUUAACGACCUGUAGCUCGUAGCCCUCUUCUCUGUAUGUAUGAUACCUAUACCUCCAUUCGCGAAACCUGCAUCCCCUCUGUACACUUUCUUCUUGAGUAUUCAACAAUGUACCUUAAUAUCAACGUCGAUAACUAUCUCCCUAUUUUCUCAAACCCGAAACUUCGUCUGUCUUAAGAUUGGAUCCUGUGGCAUCGCCACCCUCGAGCAUUCCAGCCUCGAAGAAAUUAGGUUCAACUAA